GGCACCUCCGAGAGACGUUUAGAAGACUUUCCGAUCUUCUAACGCGUCUUUACGUGCGUUCCUCGCUUCGCCUUCCCGGCCCGGAACCUUGUAAGCCCGGAACGCUGACGCUGUGCUGCGGGGCGGGGGAACCGCGAGGGACCGGCAGGCGCCGCCGAGGCCGCGCUCGUGUCUGUACGGCGUUACGCAGGUUUUAUUUCUCUCUCUCUCCACCGCUGCCGGGCCAUGUACCGGCAGAGCUUCCGAUCCCCGACGCCUCCGUAUGCGGGCGCCGGGUUCCGGAGCCCUCCCUCCGGCGGCGCCUGCCCCAUGCCCCCCUCGCCCCGGGGCUACGGCAGCCCGCAUCACACGCCGCCCUACGGCCCCCGGCCCGGGCCUUACGGUAGCGGGCUCUCACCCCGAGGCCCCGGCUUCGGCGGCGGCGGCGGGCGGUUCGGGAGCCCUUCGCCGGGCGGGCAGACCCCGCGCAGGCCGCAGAGCGCCAGCCCCCGCUACCCGGCUCCCCGCGGCGGCGGCAGGUCCCCGGCCGGAGCUGCCCCGCACCCGCAGCAGCACAAGCGCUCGCCCGGGGGCUACCAGAGACACUACCAGGGAUCCCCCAGGACAUCUACUCCAUUUGGUACAGCGCAUGGCAGAGAGAAAAGAGAGUCUAAUGAUGUGGAAAACUAUUACAGACCUUCAAUGCUUGAGGACCCAUGGGCUGGCCUAGAGCCAGUUUCUGUUACAGACAUAAAGCAACAGUACAGCAGUGAGCAAACAACAUAUACUGGUAAAAAAGGGAGGUAUUUCAGUUAACACUUUUAAAGGCCAAAUAACUCCAUCCUGCCAGGAAAACUCUGGGACAAAAUCUUUUUAUUUACACAAGAUGAACAAUAGUGAAGAUAUUGGUUGAUGCUUUUAUUUCAUCACAUUGACCCUUUUAUCCAAUCUUUUUUUUUUUUUUUUUUAAUUCCAUUGGAAAUUUUUUAUGUACGGGGAGGGGAAAGAAGUGGUAGGAAAAGUUACCUUUCUGGCUCCGUGGAAGUGCCUACCAGCUUUGAAGAACAAAGUGUUCUUUAAUCACCAGCGACUGAUUUGUGACUGUUACAACAGGUUUCCGUAUAUUUAUCUCUUCCAUGCCAGAUUGUUAGCCUUUUAUUGUAAACUCCUUUAAAUGAUGGUAUUUUUUUAUGUUUCAACAUUUUUAGAAUGAAGUGACUUGGAAAUAAAAUGGAAAUUUUGUAAAUCCUUGUUUUGUAAUGUAUAAAGAUGAUUUUAGGACUUCUGUUAAGGGGUACCGAUUAACAGAAGUAGCACCACUUACAUUAGGUGACUUUGUAAAUGUGCUUGUAUGCUGUAGUUAACAUCUGAUCUUGUGCACAGUAUUUUUUGUUGACUGUAGUGCAGUGUGAAACUGAAACAUGACUUCAGCCAUCUCAGGAAACGGACGUGUUGUCUUACAAAUGUUUGAUUUGUUGAACCAGACCUUGAAUGCUAAACAUUAUUCUGUAAUAUUUACUUCUGUAUUUUGGAGAAAACAAAAAAAAAAGCAUUUGAAAGAAGAUUACGUGUUUCUGGAUUAUAACCAAGUCUGUGGCAAUUUUAGACUAAUCAACAAAUUAUUAAUAUGAGAAUUAAUUAAAUGCAAAUGUAUUUUCUGGAUUUACCUUUAGAUUAGCAUAGGAUGAAUGGAGCUUUGUUGUACAGUUGACAUUAGCACAUUAGUAGCAUCUUAUUUUUGAUCUCUGCUGGGUUUUUUAAUUUUUUACCUACAGCUGGCAUCUUUGUCUAGAGAAUUCUUGUUUUCGGUGUGUGCAUGCUAUAUUUUUAUCUCGAAGAGGAAAACAACAAGGUUUCUUUUUUUUUUUUUUUUU